AUGGCUUUUCUUGAUGGAAAGGCAGUGGGCCUGUGCUUGUUUCUGGUGUUGGUGAGCUUGGGAUUUGGCUAUGGAGCUACUUACAAGGUUGGGGAUGAGAAAGGGUGGACUCUGAAUGAUAAGCCUAAGUACAUUGCUUGGGCAAAAUCAAAGGCUUUUUAUGUGGGAGAUGAGCUUUUGUUUCAAUACGACAAGCAAUUACACAAUGUGCUGCAAGUGAACAAACAAGCUUAUCACAAAUGCAAUACAGAAGCACCAAUUGCUGUGUUCAACACAGGCUAUGAUUCUAUAACCAUAAGGUCCAAGGAACACCUAUAUUUCAUCUGUGGAGCCCCAGGCCAUUGUGAAGCUGGCCAGAAAGUUAGCAUCAAAAUCUCAAAAUCUAAAGCUCCGGUCGAGCCGUCACCGACAAUCGAGCCACCACCAUCAAUUGACCCAUCGCCGUGGGUCGAGCCCUCGCCGAUUGAUUCGCCGCCACUGUUCAGGCCACCGGCAUUUGGCACGCCACCUCCAAAAAGCCAAGCCAGCAUUGCUCAUUGUGGCUUAUGUGGUUUUCUGCUUUCUAUUGCAAUUCUGGUCUUUAAUUUGACUAGCAUGUAG